CAGCGAGUUAUUUAGAAAAAUGCAAGUGCUGUAUCAGACUCUGUGGAAGACCUCAUCAACAGCUGAACUUGGAAAUUUUGAAACAUCGUUCAAAGGCGAAACAUCUAUACGUCUCACUUUGUCGACGGGAAAUCCAAUCAAGAAAACCCUGACCCUCAAGCAGCUACUGUAUUUGACCAGCUCACACCAGCUAGGCCUCCUCCAAAACUCAGAUAAAUAUUUGAGCCACCAAAACAAAACGAGAACAGAUCGGUCUGAAUCGUUAAGAACUGAAGCUAACAUCAUAGAGGUACAUCCUUCCAAGAAUCCAUCAAAACAACAUGCUGAACAACUUCAAGAACUCUCUUCAAAAGACCACACUUUCCUGAAAUAAAUAAAAGAUGCCAAUAUUAAAAUAAAUCAGUUACAUGUAUUGUUAAAUAUUUUAAUACUAGCUGUAAAUGCUACUGCCUUUGAUGUUUGCUUUCUACAUGUAUAUCAUAAUGAAAUAUUGACAAGAUAAUAGCUAAUGUUU